AUGUCUGGUGGCCCAAACUCAGCCUCUUACAAUCUGGCGAAGCGAUGCACCUGCUGUCUGUCAUGCUGGAUGCAAACCCCCACCUGUUCAAACCCAGGCUAUACUGCAUUUCACCAUGGGACUGCUGAGCCAUCGACAUCGUCUUCGACAAACUCACACAUCAGGGAUGUCUUGCACCUGGACCCCCAGGAAUGCCUUGCAGGUGUGAACUACAUUACCAUGUUCAACCUGUGUAAGGCAUUCUACCAAAUGCCACUGCACCUGGAUGAUCAUUGGAAGGCAACAGUCCUUACUCACAGAGGACAAGAGACCUUAUCCUGCACAAUCAUGGGUCAGUCACAUUCCAUUGCCUUUUUGCAGCAUGUCCUAACAACUGCAUUCAAGGCAGUGGGUUUGUCUGAUGUAGCCUUUGUCUAUGUUGACAAUUUUGGAAUCUGGUCUGGGACCCUUGAUGAGCAUGAACAGCAUGUGCACUCUGUUUUACAUGUCAUCCAGGACCUGGGUCUUACAUUAGCUUGGGACAAGGCUCAUGUUGCUUGCAAGGAAGUACCCCUUCUCAGUCACCUCAUUUCCAGCAAAGGCACUCAGACCAUGCCCACUAAGUGUCAAGCUAUCCAGUCCAUACCCUACCCCUCAGCCUUGACCCAGCUAGAGCAUAUAGUUGGGUUCUUCUCCUACUACAAGAACUAUGUCCCAUGCUUCUCAGCUCUUAUUUCUCCUCUCCAUGUGCAGCAGUCCCUCACCAAGCUUAAGUCUAUCCUACAGGACUGGGCCUUACAGUUUCCAAACUACACCCAGCUGUUUCUGCUCUAUGUCAAUGCUUUGCAACAACAUGGUUUUGCCCUAGCCCUCCACCAAAAUCGUCUGGGGAUGGAUACUGAUAAGGAUGUCCAUUGCUUGGAUGCUAUCCAUCCUGACUCAGCUGAUACUACAGCAAAAGUUCCAGUUUGGUUUGACUCUUGUGCCCUUAAGCCGGCCGAGCGAUCCUACUGGCCCACUGAGCUCAAAGCCAUGGCUGCAGUCUGGGCCCUCUUCUGGGUCAAGUGUUUUCUGGAUGCUUCCCCCAGCCUGCAUUUCCUUUUCACAGACCACUUGGCAGUAACUUCAAUUGCCAACACCAAGCCCUUCUCAACUGCCCCCACUGCAAGGAACCCCCACUUAGUUUGCUUUACUCUCAUCUUGGCCAAAUUCUGCCCUAAACUCCAUAUCUUGCACUGCAAAGGUAUGUACAUGGCACAUGUGGAUGUGCUCAGUCACAUCCAGAUGUCAGAAGGUGCAUCCAUCAUGUUUCAUGUCCAGGAGCUCAAACUGAAUCCAGGGCUACUUGCAGAGCUGCUGCAAUCCCAGCAAACCGAUUUGUCACUGAAACAGGUACAUGACAAACUGGAAAACAGCACCAACAGAUCCCACCCAUUCAAUAACAGUGUUUUCAGCCUUAAUGCUGACAAUAUGCUCUGCAAGCUCGAGCCAAAUGGUGUUUGGCAAUUAUGCAUUGGCACAAUGGCACUGUCUCAUGUCAUUGGCCUUGCACAUACCAGCCACUUAGGUGCCAAGGCUACCUUUGAUUGCUUCAGGACCAUAGCCUACACCCCUAGACUCUUGCACCACAUUGAGGACUAUGUCAAGUGUUGCUCCUAA